AUGCUCACCAAAGGCUGGCUUUUGCACAUUGCCCUUGCAAUGGUCCUGGUCAUUGAAGCUUCAGCUCAGGACUGUGGCCAACUGCUCACUAGGCUACGGGAAGCCAACCAGGCCCACCUGGAGCUUCUGGACAGCAAAAUGGGGUCCACCCAGCAGUGCAACGAUGAUCUAAUCAGCUACUCUCCCAAGGAGGAUCUCCCCACCAAUAUUGGUGUCUCUGAGGAGGAAAAUGUCAAGGCAGCCAUUCAAGAAGCCCUCCAGCAAACAGGCCACAUCUUCAGGCAGAACUCUACUGCAAUGGCUUGGGAUGAGGAUUCCAUAAGCGCUUUCCGUGCUGGACUGGAUCAGCAAAGUGAGAACCUGAAGAGCUGCUUGAGUGCAUCUCCAAGGAGCCAGAGACUUCAGCUCACCAGACUGAAAGUGAAAAGAUACUUCCGAAGCCUGAGUGACCUCCUGAAAGAGAAAGUGUACAGCCAGUGCGCCUGGGAGAUUGUCCAGAUCCAAGUCAAGCAAUGUUUUCUCUGGAUUGAGAAACUCAUCCAAGUGGUCCCAAAUGAAGCUCAUCUGCAGUCACUGAUACACUGCUCUGCAAUCCAGAAAAAACCCCUCACUCUUUCCAACCCCACCAUGAUCACAAAGGUUUGGCUCCUUGACAUUUGCCUUACAGUGUUGCUCCUUACUGAAACUUUGUCCCAAAAUUGUAAUCACCUUCGCAAAAGCCUUCUGGAAGAUAACAAGGAGAACUUGGGAGUUUUGAGAAAUCAAAUGGGAUCGGUUUUUCCUCUACAGUGCUUGAAUGAUAUAAUUAGCUUUUCAUCCCAACCUGAAGAAGAAAAUCUCCAAAAUAUUUUUGAACUCCAGAAGGAGAAUGCCACAGUGGCCCUCCAUGAAAUCCUCAAACAGAUACUUUGCAUCAUCGGUCAAAACCAUACCAAAUUGUCUUGGGAUGAGAGUUCCAUUGGUGUUUUUAAGAUUGGAUUGAACCAGGAAAUUGACAAAUUGAAACCAUGCUUGGGUGAAGAUGAAGAGGAUGUCAGGGAGACAGUGAAAGCGUAUUUCAAGCGAAUCAAGGAUUUCCUGAAAGAAGGGGAGUACAGCCAGUGCUCCUGGGAGGUGGUCCAAAUUGAAAUUAGUCGAUUUUUUGUGGUGAUGGGUCAACUCAUCAGAAAGCUUCAGACAAAAGAAACUGUUGUGGAACCUGAAGCAGAUGAAACUGAAACUGGGACUACAGCACGCCCAUGUCUCUUACCAGGGAUAUUUGGAUUUGCUCAGGGCUGUAGCCGACUUCGUGGAAAGCUACAUGAAACCAACCAGGAUAAUUUGGAACUUCUGAGUACCAGAAUGGGAACAAGCAUUCCCCGAAUAUGCAUCAAUGAAGUCAUCAAGUUCUCAUCCAGAUUAGAUGAAAACAAGCUCCCGAGCAUUAAUGAAUUCCAGCCAGAGAAUGCCACGGUGGCCAUAGAUGAAAUCCUCCAACAGAUCAUUUACACCUUGAGUCAAAAACACGAUGAUUUGUCUUGGGAUGACAAAUCUGUAUCUGUUUUCAAGCUGGGAUUGGCCCAGGAAAUUGUGACACUGGGACCAUGUUUGCAUGGAGGAAUGGAUGAUACCAGAAAGGCAGUAAGAAACUACUUCAGACAUAUCAAUAAUCUUCUGAAAGACAAGGAGUACAGCAUGUGUGCCUGGAAGAUUGUCCAGAUGGAGAUUAGACAAUGUUUAACAGUGAUUGAUCAACUCAUCGCAAGACUCCCGAAACAAAGCUCCUGUGCCCAUACCCAUGAAGGAUCACAUUGAGACUUAAGCCUAUGUAAUCUUCCAAGAACAUCAGAUUUACUUGCCAGUCAUUGACAUAGUCAUAGAAGAACAGCUGAAUGAAAUUGCAACAUGAAAAGAGUAAAGCAUUCAGCUUUCACUGGAUUUUCCCCUUGACAGAUUUAUAGAAAACAAAACAUCUGUUGCAAAAUUGUUUCACUAUAUUUUAAAAUAGUAUAAUAAAAUUUUGAACUAUGCAGGGCUACACUGAAGACUUGCACAGAAAAUAAAUGUUGCAAAGGAAAACACAAGACUUAUGGAAUAAAAACAGGACAGCCAGAAGAUUCUGUGCAAAAUUUUGUCCACCUUCUGUUAACCUAAUGACAUUUAACUGGAGGAAUGUUGUUUGGAUUGAAUACAGCAAUGACUCUGUAGCAUGUUUUGUCUUUAAAGAUCUAAACUAUGAUGCCACAACCACUUAAGCUCACUCAGAAAAUGCUAUUUACAUUUCAGAAGCUAUCAUAUCUUCUCA